UUCCGUGUGACAGCUGUCAUUCGUGUCGAAGAUUUUGGAAAUAGAUGUUGUGCUUUCGGAUGAGUUAAUUUGUUCAUCAAAUGCUAGUAGUAAACGGCAUUGGCCACCUGCAUCCUUUAUCAGUGCAUGUUUUAGCUACAGCAAGUGCAGCCGCUGCCCAAUAACGCACACACACCGCACAAAAUAGCUACGCGUCAAAUUACGGUGGUGAAAUGUUCCUCGUCGCCCUGACCGGCGGUAUCGCCUCUGGAAAGAGCACCGUAACGAAGAUAUUCCGUGACAACGGUGUGCCGGUCAUCGAUGCAGACGCUAUAGCACGCCAAGUUGUUGAGCCGGGCCGACCAGCAUGGCACAAAAUUAAGGCCACGUUCGGUGAGGAAAUCUUCCACGCAGAGAGCGGAGAGCUCAAUCGGGAAGCACUGGGACGCAUUAUAUUCGAUGAUGUAGAAAAGCGGCGACUGUUGAACGAAAUCACGCAUCCCGAGAUUCAUCGGACCAUUUACCGGGAGGUGAUCAAAUGUUUCUUUCUCGGGCACAGUUUCGUCGUGCUCGAUCUUCCGCUGCUGUUCGAAAUACGAGUUAUGCUGAACUACAUUCAUAAGAUCAUUACCGUCACAUGCGAGGAAGACAUUCAAGUCACACGGCUGAUGGACCGCAGCCAGUACACGGAGGCAGAGGCAAAAAAGCGCAUCAAGGCACAGAUGCCACUAGAGCUCAAGUGCGAACAAUCACACUUUGUCAUCGAGAACUCAGGCACACUGCGGGACACUGAGGAGCAAACGCUCAAAAUUCUUGCCAUUCUGCAGGACAGCAACCAGCACUGGAAAAUCCGGGGUGUCAUCUUUGCUACGGCGGCCCUGCUCGUUUCUAGCAUUGCCUGGUUGCUGAACUACAAGUACAAGUGGUUUAGCUCCAACUAGUCGCAAUUGCAUUCUUUACCGGGCGAUCGGGUCGGCUCUUUUUAGGGUUGCGUGUCUGGGGGUUUGUUUCAUACUAAGUGAACACUUCCUUUUUCCCUGUUUUGUCCCACCAUUUGUCGUUAUUGUUGUGUCCUUUUAUCUAUUGACGCGUUGUUGAUCGUUUCCGUUUUUUUUGGUGUGUUUUUCUGUAUCACAAACAUCACAUUUAUACGCGGUUCUCCUUGGACGCGUCGAGUAUAUAAGCAGCGCCUGCAGAUGUACAGAACUUCGACAAAUUCGAAUAGAAUAGUACGCGCGCGUGCGUAUGUCUUCCCUAAGAAGAUAAAGACAAAAUGGCAUUUGCUAAUCGAAUAGUAGUGAAGAACUGCAAUCAAUUGUGUUCGUGUGCACGGGUACGUGGUGUGGUGUUGUGUGGUGUCAUGCGUGUGUGCAAUGCAAGCUAAUGCAAAAAAGCACGCUUUUCCUUUUUGUAUCGGUCUGACGAUGAUGAUAAAAAAUAUAAGAAAAGCAAAAAGUGUGGAAGAUUAAAGGUGGAA